AUGAUUGCAGAAAUUGAAUCCACAGAUCAGAAUGUUACUCAAAAUCCUAAUCCAAAUGCAAGUUCUUCUGAAGCUGGUGCAGGACCUCAAGAUCCUACAUCACCAAGUAGUCCUUACUACAUUAGCAGCAGUGAUGGUAGUGGUGCCCAGGGCCGGUCCUGGGCUGAGGCAUUUGAGGCCUCAGCCUCAGAUUUUUACGUAAAUUUUUACGUUGAUUUCGUCCGGGGGCCCAAUUUACGAACCUCGCCUCGGGCUUCCAUUAUCACAGGACCGGCCCUGGUGGUGCCAUACUACCAACUUGAUGCAAGCAACUAUUAUCCUUGGGCUAAGUCUAUGAAGAGAGCACUUACGAUAGAAAACAAGUUGGAUUUCAUUGAUGGAAGUAUUUGUGAGCCAACUGAUCCAAAUGAUUCCCUGAUUGAACAUUGGCUACGAUGCAAUGACAUUGUAAUCACUUGGCUUCAAAACACUAUGUCAUUAGACAUUAAGUGCAGCACCGUAUAUGUAGAGACAACUCACCAGUUGUGGGUAGAACUGGAGCAAUGCUUUGCACAGCAAAAUGCUCCAAGAAUAUAUGAAAUCAAGCAAGAUAUAAUGACCUUGCUCCAAAAUCAGGAUACGGCUCUCAAGGCCCAAAUCCUGUUGAUUAAACCUUUCCCAAGCCUAAAUGAAGUAUAUGCAAUAGUGCAACAAGAGGAAAAGCGGAGGCAUAUUUCAUCUGAUAAUGCUGUGACAGAUUCAAUGGCACUUCUGGCGAAAGGAGGUUUUAGAGAUGGAGGGAAGAGUUCAUCAGGACAAAAGAGGGACAAAUAUUAUUGUACUCAUUGUAAAAUGGCUGGUCAUUCACUUGAAAGAUGUUUCAAAUUCAAUCCAAACAAGCCAACCUGUGCGUACUGCCAAAUGCCGGGCCAUUCCGUGGAUAAAUGUUACAAGUUGCAUGGCUAUCCACUAGGACAUAAAUAA